GGGUAAAAGGUGUUCAAUACAAUCCAAGUAAAUGGUGACUGUUAUGGAAGCUGGUUACUGGCGAACUCAGGCAGCAGCUGAUGUCUUAUGCAGAAGAUUUUAAAGGAAAGACUUGAUGCAUCAAGGAGACCAGAAGAUCGGUGGCUUUAAUGGCAUAAACCCUCUGAAAAGCAUUGAGACCUACAACCCCAAGACCAACACCUGGAGACGGCUGUGCCCCAUGUUGACUCACCGUAGCAACCUUUGCCUCGAGGUGAUAGAAGACAACUUCUAUGUUGUUGGGGGCUUCAUGGGCAUCACCAAUACUCAUUGCGCAGAAGUCUAUUGUCCUCGCACUGACACGUGGCGAUAUAUCUGUAAGUCAAAGAUGUCCUCCGUCGGCAUGAGCUCCUGUGUUGUGUCCGGAAUCCCCAACAUGGUUGACUUUACUUUCCCUCGAGACUCUCUGCCACAAUAUCGUGUUGAACGUGACUCUAAAUGACAUCUGGACCCGUGUGCUAUGUUUCCAUCUCUCUAUCUUUCUAUCCCUCUCAUAUCUGACAGUGUUGUGUUGUUUUUUUUCUUCUCUCAUUUAGGUACAUAUUUUUUCGAGAAUAAAUUAAUAAAUUUAAACGAUAGUAUCACCCAUUGCAACAGUUUGUUUGUAUCCACACACUGUACUCUCUAGUCAGAUCCAUAGACUGUAUUUAGA